AUGGAGUCCUCUAACGAGAUGGGGUGGGGAGAACAGAGGACAAGCCGGCCAAUGCAUGCGAUUCCUCGAAAACCUGUCAAGUCGACGAACUUCAGAUACGAUGUCAUCAAUAACUCGGAUGAACCCAGAGGUGCUGUCUCAAUCGACGAUAUCUGGAGGCCACGUGAAGAAGGGAAUGCCGGGUCCGACUUUGACAGCGGCGUAAACGCUACCAAAACCUCGUCAGAAUCACAGACAAGCCCCCACGACGAAGGUGAACAUGUCCGUGAUAGCUUGCUGAAGAGCACGACGACCGUUGCCGCUGGUGAUGAGAGCGACAAAAAGGAUUCCGUGGAUCGGACGGCUACAUGGCGUCCAACUUGGCUGCGUCCGCUUGUGCUAGUUUGGUUCGCGAGCCUCUUCCUCUUCCUCUCGAUGGCUCUAGCUGUGAUGCUGUGGUACUCACAAACAAACCGUGGGCUUUUCGAAACUCGUCAGAGCAUUCUGCACACCUAUUUGUGGCGAUUUGGACCGACCGCACUUCUUACAAUCUUGGCAAUUUUCUGGGCCAGAGUCGAGGUGCAAGCCAUGAUGUACAUGCCGUGGAUCGCUCUACGCUCGAACCCCAAUCUCAGAGAAAGUGAUGUAGUCCUCGAUUACACGUCAAUGUUUUCACCCCUCGUUCUUACCCGCUCGUUCCGUCACAAGCAUUAUUUUGUUCUUCUAGUAGCUUUGGUUUCCGUUAUUCUCAAGGCUCAGAUCGUCCUUGCUCCUAGUUUAUACAGCCUCGCAACUAUCAAAGUCGCGCAGACUGUCGACAUCCUCUUUCAGGACUCUUUUGAACUGGAGUUGACACCCGAAUCCGAGUACGGAGCCGACACGAGCGCCUACUACAUGGCCCGCGCACAACACGACUUCGACAUGGUUUAUCCCUACGGAGUCGCGGAAGAUGUUGCCUACCAAACCUUCACUGUCGGGAGUCAUCCUGGUCGAGGAACUGUCAACAACCCAGUUACGGCCACUGUAGAUGGAUUUUUCGCAGAAAUCCAAUGCGUCAAACUAGUCCACUACUCAAUCCUUGAGCAGAGAAAUAGCACUUCACAGCCGAGUUUAACCAUCGUAGUCACUGUCGAGCUUCGAUUCGAUGGGUGCGAACAACCAUUCAUCAUCACAAGCCCGAGUAUUUCACGGCCCGAUAGAGGGAAGAACACUACUUUCUGGCUUCUACAGCCAGACUCGAAAGUCAGCCAGGCCUGUUCGGGGUUGCCGCAACGAGUGCCGUCUUUCUUAUACUUCACUGCCAUGUUCGAACCGCAGGAGAAGAACUUGACUCUGGUUGAGUUUCGCACAGCGGCCGCUGUGAUUUGCGAGCCGCAUGCUUGGGUGUCAAAGGUUCAGGUUACGGACGAUGGAGCAAAACCAACCGUGACAAUACUUUCCGACGAACGGCGGACUUUGGUUACAGCAAACUUUUGGACAAUGCUUAAUAGUUCGAUCCCGUCAAGCCUUGGUCGCUGGAAUUCUGGUGGAGCACAAUGGCUCGAUGGCCCAGUAAGGGCUGACCUUCUGUUCAGGAGCCAGAGCCUCGAUGUCGGCCUUCCAAACGUUUUCACCAACGAAAUAUUGCAAGAGUCGGUCCAAAAUCUAACACGACGUCUUGCACCCUUCAUCGGAAACUACCGCCUUCGACGAAAUGACGCUGUCCAAGGAAGUGGCACAUCGCUGCAAAGUGUCGGCCGGCUUACCAUUAACCCCAAAAUCUGCCUAUCAAUGAUUGCGCUUUUCAUUGUCAACACCGGUAUCGCUGUGUUCGUGCUCUGGCAUUAUCACCAGCACACCUCGGUUUGGCAUCGGGAUCCAGCAACGCACCUCGGGAAUUUAAUAUUUCUCCGCGAUCACCCAGAUGUUGCAAGCCGAACUACGGAAAUCAAGGACGCGUCUGAAACUUGGAAGCACCAUACUUUCACACCUUUAGUAUUGAAGAUGACAUCACGCGGGUCGUUCUGCCUCUUCACCAUACUGCUGGCAAGCAGUCUUAUACUCACCCUCCGAGUCUCCGAGACAUCAGAUGGACUCGCAACCAUUGACAAUGAAGGUUAUUUACACCUAAUGUGGACUUCCUUCCCAGCCAUCAUAGCGCUUGGAGUGUCCCUCUACAUCAGCUCUUGCGAUUGGGCAUACCGAGAUCUCGCGACUCUCUACCGCCUCUCCAGGGCCACAUGUAAUUCUCAUGAGCUCGAUCGCUCUCUGUUGGACAUGCUGGGUCUACGCGCGCUGUACUACUCUUUUCGAUAUCGCCUCUGGUCUGUCACGUUCUCUCAAAGUCUCGCCUUCGUGUGCGGACUACUCACCUCCCUUGUCUCCAUCAUCUUCACGGUCGAGGUUAUACCGGGGUCGACGUCAACCCACUUCCAACAAAAGACCUGGUUUCAACCGCGAGUGAACGGCAGUUAUGACGAAGCCUACGGUAUUAAGCAGACAAUGAUCAGUAGUCUCUGGAUCCGACGGGAAGAAGCCAACUUGACGUACCCGGACAACACAUUUGACGAUCUUGCGUUUCAUGCUGUCGAGAGCAUUGAUGACCUUGACCCGUCAAAAAACCUUUCAGUUACAAUCACAACACCAGCGGCAAAGGUUGAGCCUCAGUGCAUCGAAAUGACCGAGGACAAGUAUACAAUCACCUAUAGAAACUACACUGAAGAUGGCAAAACAUGGUACUACGCCAACAUCAACGAGAAGUUCAUGUGCCCUGGCGGUGUCAAAUAUGUGAAUUUUACAAAGGAAUUCCCCAUUGGCCAGGCCAAUCUGUGGAACCGAUCGUACAUCGCCGGAAAAAUGGACACGACAACGGAUCCGAAAACCAUCGACUUUCCCUGUAAGCUCAAUAACACGUCACCGACGAAUUUUACGACGACGACACAGAAGACCUACGCUUGGGGAGCAUUCGAGGUGGAAAAGGGAACGCUUUCCUUUUUUACUGUUUGGAGGUGCAACUAUUCUUGGUAUGAGAUAGAUACGGAAGUCAACCUCGUCUUCGCCGACGGCCGUCUUGUCAUCGACAUGGAGAAGCCCCCACAACCGGACAUGUCGUCCAUGAGGCUAUUGGACCCCCCACUUGAUUUGCCCCCAUAUGAGGCCACGUCCACCCGCUUCGGUAACGGGGAGCUCUACCCAGAAAUAUCACUCCCCUCAGGGCCGGGACUCGGGGUGCAGGAGUACUUCACACCACUGGUCAAACCGUAUGGAACACUCGAUCUCGCAGCAUUCGGGGAUCGGGGGCAGCGGACAGACGUACUCCGACACAUUCAUCACAACUACGCCUUUAGCGCAGCACAGCUCGCCAACACCGAGAACCGCAGGACCAUCAGUGCUGAUAGCGGUCCCAUGCCGCCGCCGGUUUUGGAAGCAACGCUGUACGACAACGGUCGUCGUCGAUUAGUCCAGAAUCCGAACGUCACUUACGCCGUGGUAGGUAUCUUGGGGGCCGUGAUUCUCUUCAACAUCUGGGCGCUGGCCUCAGCCUUCAUUCAGCGCCGCGGCGGGGAUGGCCGGCUACUGGACAUGGAUGUGAGGGGUCUGGCGCCUGAUGGGAUCCACAGCAUCGCCUCGGUGGUAGGCUUGCUGCGGGAAUCGAACGCGGCGGCACAUCUGCCACCCAGCCCCGAAAUGCUGUCCUCAGAUGAGUUACACGGGCAGAUGGCCGGCUUGAGCUUUCGGCUGGGAUGGUUCCGGAGGGAGCGGGAUCAGACGAGGCACUUCACGAUAGGUGUGAUGGGCGAUGGUGACUUUAAUUUUAUGGGAGUGAGAAGAAGUGUAAAGAAAACGUUGGAGGCGACUUCCAGUCAGGAAAGCGUCAUGACUUGA